AUGGCAGUCAUGCAAACCGGAACCUUCCUCACACUGAAAUACGGCUCUCGAGCCAUGAGCAUGACAUCCUCUAACAAACCGAACUCAAAGGGGAAUAUAGUAGUCACCUCAUCGUAUGCAACGCUGAUCGGUGCAUUUGCAGACCUGGCAUACACAACAGCGAAGAACGGCUGUAAUGGUCUCGUACGAAGCAGAUCUGUUCAACUAUUCUCCAGUAACAUCUGCGUGAACGCCGUUGCGCCUGGUCCUACCUCUACAAGCUUAUUGUCUACUUUGAGACUUGUCGAAGAAGGCGUGGAAUAUAAGCUCGACAAGACGGCUGAGGAAAUCUGGAAACAGACUGCUAGGAUCUAUCGGCGAUACUAUUAUAAUCGGUGCGCUGCACCGGAGGAAAUUGCCAAUGUUGCUAUAUCCUUAGCUUCGGAACUGGCUUCGGCGAUUAAUUGUUGUUUGUGA